AUGCUAAACCGACAGCAGCAGCAGCAGCAGCCAGCAGCAGCAGCAGCAGCAGCAGAAGCAGCAGCAGCAGCAGCAGACGAAGAUGAAGACAGCCUGGAGCAGCAAAUUGAUGCCUCCGCCAGAGGCCCAGCAGAGAGAACUCUCUGCCCUGCCAGCGAGCGAUGCACUCGCGAAGAGUUUUGCAGAUGGGCUGCAGCAUUUGCUGCGGAGAUGCAGGCGAAGGGCAUUUGGGCCUCUUCAAACAAAAGCGAUGUUAUCACAGGGAAGCAGAUCUUUACUGAAAGUGCUGCUGCUGCUGCCGCUGCUGCUGCUGCAGCAGAUAACGAACCCGAUGGGUCUGCAUUUUGGGAGAAUGUUGAAUUAUUUGAAGAUGAUGCAAAUGCACUACCCGAAGAUGAUUGA